GCACCCCAGUAGUUAGAUGUUGCAAUUUGGACACCUCACCUCUCCAAGAUACUUUGAAGGACCUAUCUGAUAGGUAAGACUCAAACCACCGGAGUGCGGUUCCUGAGAUGCCCUUCGUCAGUAGGGUUAGUGAAAGAGCAUUAGCACUGUGGGGCACAACAGAUAUAGCCCACAGUAGCCACACCUCAAACCACUGGCUGUUUCAUGCUGCUUGCUUUAUCUGAAUCUAACAAUGCUAGAAAAAGUAUAAGGAGCUUAUAAUCUUAAAAUUAUUUGUUUUAAUUGUGAAAUGUAUCAUAUUUACCCCUAAACUGAACUACUAUAUGUUUAAACUGUUACUCAUGCAGGGGCGUAGUCAUAAUUUCACAAGUGAGGGGGACAGAAAUGUCAAACGUUAUAAUACUUAAUUUUUUGGGUCUAAUUAAAUGGUUUUAUUUCUUAUCCUCUUACUUUUAAUUGGCUAAGAAAUCAAAUACACUGCUGGAGGUAAAAUUUUUUAUUCUAUAAUAUUUAUUCAUGAUAUUUUCCUAAUGGCAAUUUUAAUUGUAACAAUUUUUUUUUUUCACAGGAUAAGGCAGAAAAUAUAUUUGAUAGUUUCUAUACUGUAAUCAUUGUCAAUCAGCACUACAAAAUUCGGAUACUUUAUUACCUGGAGAUGACUUGAGAAACAACCGACUUGAGUCGCAACCGUGUGUUUUUUGUUUUCACAUUUCAUCAGUAAAAAUGCCUUUGUCCAUUUUAGGGAUUUCCUGGCACGUCAUAAGUAAUUACUUCUAUGAGUCCGUUUUGGACCUCCAGCUUCAAAUAUGAAUGAAAUAUACAGUACACUGCAUGAGAGUGUUUAGCCAUCCAUAAUGUUCACAUCGCCUCAGUUUGUAUAAAGCUCCAAAAGAAAUAAGUUUUGGUGAUAGCGACAUGAAUAUGGAGGUUUGUUGGAAGCAAGUGAAGGGUUCUUCGGUUUUAUUGCAUUAAACUUCGAAAAAUACAAUAAUAAUAAUAAUAAUAAUAAUAAUAAUAAAAAACAUUUAUUUUUUUAUUGUAAUAUCCUAAAUCAGUAUUUCAAAAGUGUAACACAAAGCUUGUACUUCAUAGAUACACAUUUGGACAACCAGUGGCAGGUAAAGCAAGGGUGGAAGUAUGCCGGGAACUUUUGAGAUAUACUACUCAAACAGACUUGAUUUCACCAUGUUUGGUUGAAACUACUGAGAUGAGUGAGAUGGGCUGUGCCUCCUUUACUUUGGACACAUCAGUCUUUUUUUAACUCUACAAAUGAGAGAUUCCUAAAAAGACAUCUUACUGUAAAAAUGAAUGUAACAGAAGAAGGGACAGAAAACACCAUGGGGAAAUCUGAAACUAUAAUUCUAACAAAUGAAAGUCGUAAAGCUAAAUUUGAUGAGCUACCUGAAAUUUAUGAGCAUGGGUCAGUUAUACAGGGGAAAAUCAAACUUGCACAUUUAAAUGGAGCACCUCUUUAAAACAAAGAAGUUUAUCUUUUGGAAGGUCUUGUCCAGAGGAGUGAUCUUUCAUCAUGGAUCUGACAAGGUUGAUGUGAAGACUUCUAAUGGAGCAGCAAGUGGCACAGUGUCGUUCAAACUGUCUGUUGGUACAGAUCUGGCUCCUACAGUGCAGAUUCUGGCCUACUGUGUUCUACCCAGUGAAAGUGUUGUUGCUCGUAGCAGAGAUUUUACAACUGAGAAGUGUUUCAAAAACAAGGUUUCACUACAGUUUUCUCCUGCUAAAGCAGUUCCUGGUGAGAAAAACACUCUCCAGCUCUCAGCUCAGCCUGGUUCACUGGUUCUCAGUGCUGUAGAUCUGAGCAUCCUGACCAUGGAGUCAGGAAAACGUCUGGAUACUGAUAAGGUCUUUAACCUGCUGCCAUUACCGGCUGUUUCAGGUUAUCCUCAUAAUGCUGUGGAUACACCAGAGUGCCUGGAAGUUAGACCUUGUCGGGAUGUGUCACUAGACCAGGUUUAUGACAGCUUGAGGGUAACAAACUGCUCAUAAAAUUGUUAAAGUUACUAAUGAAGAGGAGAAAGUAUUAUAUAAUGAAAAUAAAGAUAAAAAAAGAUAGUAUUUUAGUACUACAUCAUACCCAAGGAAUAUAGAUUUUUAAUUUACUUUGUUUUUACUAUUCAAGCCUUAUAUUAAAUCUCAUGUAGUUUCUAAUUGCCGUUUGACAGAAUGUGGGAUUAAAAAUGGCAACAGAUUUGCCUGUGAGACAACCCCUUUGUCUGAGAUACUAUGGCGUAACUUAUCACAGAAGUUUUCAAUUGCUACAUUUACUUGAAAUUUGUAAUAUGAUGAAUGUUUUGUUGUUAAAUUUAGGUCUUAUUGCAGAAAUUGUUUAAGGAACCUAAAAUCAUGUGACUAUCACUUUGUCCUGCUGUUGUUGAAAUAACAGUUUUACUUAGUAUUAAAGGGAUAGUUCACCCAAAAAUGAAAAUUAUGUCAUUAAUGACUCACCCUCAUGU